UUUUUUUUUUUCUAAAAAGCUUGCUAUUUUUUUUUUUUUCUCCGUUCUUUUUCAUGGUUGAUUUUCAUGAUUAUCCUGCAACAAAUGAUAUUUCUUCCAAUGAUAACAGCAAGUACUCUCUGACAAUUCAACGAAAACGGUGUGCUCAUGACGAUUGCAAACACUAUCCCAAUCCUUGUCUUUCUUGCUUACAAGCUGUUGGAAAAAAUGAUCACGAAACUUGUCGAUUCCGCAAUAUCCGUGCCUUCAAACAACGAGGAAAGAAGACCGUCGAAUGGUGUUUUGUUUCCAGCAAAUCUCUUGGUAUCCCUCUCAAGAUCCUUCCAUCCAUGAAUAUACCUCUUAUGACGAAAGAACAACGCCAGUAUGUUAGAGAAACAAUCAGACCUACAGUGAAACGACUACUUGACAGAGAAAUCGACUGGAUGAACAAGACAGAAGGCCGCUAUCGAAGACGAUUACCCUCCACGAACGCUAGACACACAUGCGACUAUUGUCUAACCAGCAUCUUCAAUGUUCAUUUUAUGUGUAGUAUAUGUGGUGUGGAUCGCUGUGUUGGCUGUUACGACGAAAGCACAUAUUGGAAUAGCAGCAAUACAGAUAAUGGCACCGAUCUCAACAAUGAUAAUGAUGAUGAUCCAACUAUAUGUACCUUAGGUAGACGACAUACCAAAGACCAAUUUAUCCCAAUUGUCAAGUACAACCUGAAUACCUUGUGGAGUCUUCGUCUGCAAACAAGUAUGAACUUACCUAGCAAGUGUUUUAUCUCGUCCUCUCCUAUCACCAACCAUCCAGUUUACGCAUCUCACUCAGCUUCUUCUCCAUCUUCUUCACCUAUUAUGACACCAGCAUCACUUUCAUUUACAUCGAAUACGUCUCCUCCAUGGCCAUCACAAAGAAAAAGCAAUAAUCACCUUGUUUAUUACCACCAUCUUUCAUCACAAUUAAAUAUAUGUAAUGGAUUGGAUUCAUCAUAUCAAGAACAACAACAAAAGCAACUAUUGGUUAUAUCUCAAAAAGACAUUACUUUGGACAUCUUUCAACAUUACUGGCGAAAAGGCAAACCAGCGAUUAUUCAAGAUGUAAUGGAAUUGAGCAAAACGGAUUGGAGCCCUCAAACAUUCUGCUCCUUAUACGGUAAUGAUAUGAUUGAGGCUAUUGACUGUCAUACUAUGAAAGUGAACAACAUGAAAAUCAAGGAUUUUUUCAAGGGGUAUAUGGAUCAUCAAAAGAAACCUGUACUCAAGAUCAAGGAUUGGCCACCUCAAUCGGAAUUUGCAAAAGUUUGCCCACGGUGGUACGAAGAUUUUAUGUCAAUGUUACCAAUGAAUGAAUAUUGUGGUGUGAAUGGUGUCUUCAACUUGUCGAAUCGAUUACCUCAAGAAUUCAUCAAACCAGAUUUGGGACCCAAAAUGUUUAUUGCUUAUGGUUUGGAUUUCACAGAUGGAAUGACAACAGUGGGUACAACUAAUCUACAUUGUGAUAUGACUGACGCCGUCAAUGUUAUGUGUCAUUCUCAACCGAUGGAUAUCAAUGCCAACAACAAUAAAAAGUACGAUAUUGGGGUAUCAUCUUCGCCUGGACCAGCAGCAGCGGUAUGGGACGUAUUUGCUUUUGAUGAUCUUCCUGUUUUACGACAAUUUUUGACUCAACUGCUUAGAGAAAAAGGUGAAUCAUUUGUAGAACCAUCCAUGAUGUCCAAAUCAGUACGACCUCGACCAUCAUCACCAUCUCAUACAGCUCAUUUUUUGUAUUCAACUCCAACAUCAUCCUCAUCUACACCAACAUUAGCACCAUCAUCAUCAUCACCAGGAUCAUCAUCAUCAUCACCAUUACCAUCAUCAUCAAGCACACCAACAUCAUCAUCACCAUCAGAAUUGAAACAGUCAACCAUCAUUUCAUCAGAAAAAAAGACAAAAGACCCUGUACAUAGCCAAUGGAUAUACUUGACGGAAGAUCUUUUGGAAAGACUGAAACGGGAAUAUGGUAUUCAAUCUUGGCGUAUAUAUCAAAAUCCUGGUGAUGCCGUGUAUAUUCCAGCAGGUUGUGCCCAUCAAGUUGCCAAUUACCAAAGUGCUAUCAAAUGUGCUUACGACUUUAUCUCGCCUGAAAAUAUUGAACGAUCGGCCACCAUUACUCGACAAUUAGCAAAAGCUCGUCAAGAAGAUGUUCUUCAACUUCAUUCGACCUUGCUGUAUAGUUGGAUCUCUACUUAUCGCCGUCCUACAACAACAUCCUCUCUUAUCAAAAUCAAAUCUGAAGAAGAAGAAGAAGAAGAAGAAGAUGAUGAUGAUGAUGAACGAUCUUUUUUGGACACGAAGAAAAGGAAAAAGAAGAAGAUAUCAAAUUUGACGAUGAAAUCGGAAACUGAUUGUACCUCUCAUGGAAAUCAAAACGGAAGGAAGAAAAAAGGAAGGAAGCCAAAAAAUGACAACUUGGAAUGCAAUCAAGGAUGAUCUUUCUUUUCUCUCUCAUUAGUAUCUUUACCCAUCUUUGUUUUAUCUACAUUAUAUAAAAAUCAUACCCUUUGUUUAUUUUUUUUUUUUGAACUGAAUAAAACUACCCAUCUUUUUUUAUUAUUAUUAUUAUUAGAUUGAAGGAAGAUCUUUGAUGUGUUGGUU